CAUGCAAAUCGCACACUCGUCCUCUGUUUCGAUGGCACCGGCGACCAUUUCGACUCGGACAAUUCCAACGUCGUCCAGCUGGCUGCCAUCCUCCGUAAGGACGAUACCAAACAGCAGCUCGUAUACUACCAGGUGCGCUCCCCUCCAGCUGCCACUCUCGAUGACAUGUUUGCCACCAGCCUCUCAACCCACAUCAUCGGUAUGCCCUUCAACUACACCGACGGCGACAAGAUCUGCAUGUUUGGCUUCUCCCGCGGAGCAUACACCGCCCGCGCCCUCGCCGGCAUGCUGCAAAAG